AGAAAGAUUUGAUUCUGAAACAGUAGUCAUAAAAAUCUAAGAAAAAGAAAAAAAAAGAUGAUAUCUUGAUUAUGAAGAUGUGGUUGUGCCACAAGUCUCCUCCUCCUCCUCCUCCAUCCAUCACAACUCUAUCCAUUCCUCAUAAACCAUUCUGACUUCAAAUUCGUUUCAAAUCUAUUCCAUCUUUUCUUGUUCUUCAAUGGCUGCCUUUACUCUCUCUCCUGCUCAGUUGAGAUCGGGUAACAACAAUGGAGGGUUCUUGCUGCCGACCCAAGGGCUAAUGGCGAGCAAGAGGCAGCAGCUGGUGGGACGGGAAAGAGCGAUGAAAGUGAGGUGCCAGGCGGCCAGCAUCCCGGCUGAUCGGGUUCCGGAUAUGGAGAAGAGGAAGUUGAUGAAUUUGUUGCUUCUUGGUGCUAUUGGUCUCCCCACAACCGGGAUGCUGCUUCCUUACACUUAUUUCUUUGUUCCACCAGGUUCAGGUGGUUCCGGUGGUGGUACUCCGGCUAAGGACGCACUUGGAAACGAUAUUAUUGCAACCGAAUGGCUAAAGACCCAUGGACCGGGUGACCGAACCCUUUCUCAAGGUCUAAAGGGAGACCCGACAUACCUCGUGGUCGAGAAUGACCGAACCUUAGCGACAUAUGGAAUCAAUGCAGUGUGCACUCAUUUAGGGUGUGUGGUGCCAUGGAACAAGGCAGAGAACAAGUUCAUGUGCCCAUGCCAUGGUUCUCAAUACAACAACCAAGGCAAAGUUGUUAGGGGUCCUGCUCCUCUGUCAUUGGCAUUGGCUCAUGCUGAUCUUGAUGAUGGAAAAGUUGUGUUUGUUCCAUGGGUGGAGACUGAUUUCAGAACUGGUGAGGCUCCAUGGUGGUCUUAGAAUCUUCCAUCAUUCUUGCAUUGUUUGUUCUAGAAGCAAAAUAUAUGUACACACAACUUCAACUUUUAUUUCUUGUAAUCAACAAUUUUAUAAUUUUUUUCAAGGGCCCACCAAUAAUAUAUAUACUUUAUAAGUUUUUUUUCUUGUUUAA